AUGAAGGCUGUUGCUAGUCAGAUGAAAGCACUGUAUGAAGCCAAUGGCUAUCUGACUGCGAUCCAUGUACUGGGUGAGAAGGAAAUGGAACAGGCCAGCAAAGAGUAUGGAAAACUGGAACAAACGUUUGGUAAGUUCUCAUUGAUUUUUUUGUUGUGCAUGAUGGGAGUUGUAGCUCCUAUUGCACCUGAAAUGCUGUAUAAUGCAUUCUCAUCACCCUUACAUUACUUGUGUUAUAGUAAAUAAUAUAUCAUUUAUCAAACAGAGAGAAUGAAUGUAAAUGUAGAGUCCAAUAUCUUGAAAUACAAAAUAUAAAGGACUUACAGGAAAAAAAAUGAAAAUUUAAAAAUUACAUGUUUGGUAUAAAAAUGUGACAUGCUUAUGACUUUAAUCAAAAAAAUAGAAGAACAUACACAGGGUACCGGAAGGUAGGGACAGAGAAAAAAUCCCUUGUCCCCCUCCCUUCUCCUGGGUAGGUAUGGUCACCUAAACUGGGUAAUAGGGGAUAACCCAAGAGAUAAUGAAUAAAAGAAAAAUUCCAAAAAGGCUGCUUUACUAGAAUGCAGCCAAUAGAAAAAGAACCCAGUCCAAUCUCAAAGAAGUAGUAUAAAUAAUACCAAAAAUAAUAAAACUUUAUUAGGAUAAAAAAUUGACCAAAAGAGUCUAAGGUCUAGUAUGGUAUAUAGUAUUGGGUUUUUUGUUUUUGCACUAACGAGCACUGGGCACAUUAUCCAUUUGACUAUGGUCUAGGUUUAGAUUAUAGAUUAGAACACCCACGAAGGUGUUGUUUAGGAGAUAGUGUAUUAGCUUAGAGUGUUGUCUCUACCUUAGGAUUGUCCUUUCGAUUUGGGAAGGUAUUAAGGUGGGGGGAGGUUUUGAUUUUGAGUAUUGGUAUUUUAUUGUUUCCCUUUAUGUUACAAUUGGGGUUUCCCCCCCCUCCUUUUGGGCUGCCUAAUACUAUAUACCAUAUAUGCAGCCUCUCUCUCCUAUUAAGGUUACCUAUGCUGCUAUUCACUAAGGUAUAUGCAAUUCAAGCUUAGUUCACUGCCUUUUUUCCUUUUGGCAGUCUGGCAGGCUUUUGUAUAUGUUAUAUACCCCUCCUAGUACUAGACCUUAGACUCUUUUGGUCAAUUUUUUAUCCUAAUAAAGUUUUAUUAUUUUUGGUAUUAUUUAUACUACUUCUUUGAGAUUGGACUGGGUUCUUUUUCUAUUGGCUGCAUUCUAGUAAAGCAGCCUUUUUGGAAUUUUUCUUUUAUUGCUUAUGACUUUAAUAACUGAUGUACAAGUAAUGUUCUAAUAAUACUGGGCCGCUAUACAUGUAAAGAUACACAACAUGACCCUGGAAGUUACAAAUCUGGUGGAUUUUAAUAUAAAAAAAUUCACAAUGUGUAUUAAAAGGUGCUAAAUUUCGAACAACUAAUUGUGAAAUAUAUUUUUGUUGUUGAUAAUCCAUGUAUAGACAUAUAAUAAGCUGCCAUGUCUUUUCCAGGCAAGGAGUACACUCAGUACAACCUGCACAACAUCCACAUGGAGCAUGAGUGGGUGAUGAAUUUGGCUUCCCAUCCCAACCUGCUGCAAGCGAUCACUGCUGUCCUGGGUCCUAAUGUAAUUCUGCUGGACUCCAGGUUUAUCUGUAAAUAUCCUUCCUCUGACGUUCCCCAUAAAGAAAACAUAGCGCCCUACGUGGCCUGGCACCAGGACAUCAAGUAAGUAAAAGACAGAUAGUAUUCAUAUGAAUUUACUAAAAUUAGGGAGCCAUUUAUAGCAUGGUUUAUAGCAUGGCACACCUUGAUUUGUGAUCUGUCUACAGAUACUGGGGGUUUGAAGGAGGUCCAGUGGCUUCAGUGUGGCUGGCAUUUGAUGACGUGGAUGCAGAAAACGGAGUCCUUCAAAUUAUCCCAGGUACAGUGUUUACUUAUUCUAUCAAACGUGAUACAUGUAUUAUUCUGUCUUUCCUCAUUUCUGUAUUCUGUCUGUCUAUAUAUCCAUCUAUUUAAUAGUUGUAUUAGACAAUACAGUAAAAAACAAAACAAAAAAACAGCAGAUUUUGAAAGUCAUGGUAUUAAAUAAAAUUAGAAUACACAAUAAAAUGCCUUAACAGAGUUAUGGAUAAGGAAUAAAAUAUUUGAAUAGUAUGCAAGCAUUUAAAGAAAAGAACUCCAAAUUGCUAUUAUUUUGUAUUUGAUGAUAAAUUGUAUCUUUCCAUAGGGAGCCAUAAACAAGGUGUUCUAGAGCACAGAAUUGCAGAGUCUCCAGGGAACAUGCUGACAGCCAAUCAAGAAAUCCCGAAACACCUGGUGAAUGCGGAAGACGCGGUGGAAUGUCCUCUUAAAGCUGGACAAAUGUCGGUAAGUAAAUCCACAAUAAGAACCUGAACAAAUAAUGUACAUGAUCUGUUUGUCGAAUACAAACUACAUAAAAUGUACACAAAAGUAAUGCAAGGUUAAUGUUUAGAUAAACAAAGCAUUGCCUGGAUAUCAUAUAGAAUGUUACAUAGAAUACUUAUAUAAUAGAACUUACACGCCAGUAAGUAAAUUAGCAUAACGGGCUUUGGAAUCUGAGUUUUUUCUAACACAAUCAAUAUGAUUUCAUAUUUCCAGGUGCAUGAUGGGUUAACAGUUCAUGCCAGUGAACCCAAUUUGUCAAACCGAAGAAGGUGUGGAUUUGUGAUUCGCUAUGUUCCCACCGCUGCUUAUCCUGUUGAGGUGAGAAUUAAAAUAGUAGUCUUCACAGAAGUGGACUAAUACACAGUGUAAUGAAAUUUGCAUAAUCCCACCAACAACCCUUUACUAAAUGCAUUAUAUGUGAAUAAGUAUUCCGUUAUUACCAUUACCCUACUAUAUAUAUUUCCAUCAUUUAUUCAUGUAAUGUGAUACAAAAUGCAAUGAUUUAUGAAAAUGAAGCAGUUAAUUACAUCACAUUUUCUUUAUAAUACAGGACCCUGAACGCCCCAGAACAUUCCCAGCAACUGUGCUUGUGGCCGGGACAGAUGAGUUUCAGAACUUUCAAAACAACGCUCCCAACUUUUUUACCAAGACUUUUUAA